GCACAGCCUGGGUCGCAGGCGACGAGAGCGAAGCAGCUCAGUAGCCGAUGCAGAGGUUUAUGACCGUGGGCAGACGAACAGUACCCCAACAACUCACUCCCUGUGUGUCCUGUGAUCUGCAGAACGAGGACACGCAAUAGAUUAGCAGACGUUCAGCUUAAGUAAAGUUAACCGUGUAGAACAUAAACAGUUUCUUGCUCUCCCCCGUGUUGCCUAACCUCAAAGUCAAUGCAGCCCCGAUUCCUUCGUCCUCAAGAGCAGCUCCGCCGGUCCUGCUGUUUCUAUUCAUGCUCUUGAGCAGAGCCAAGCCUCAGAUCAAGAAAAUUCCCUGCAAGCUGAGUUUGGAAGACAGGGAGAGCGACCUGCAGAGAGUAGUUUUCUGAAGUACUGGGGUACCCGGAUACAGUGAGGGGACACCUCCAGUUUUCGGUGGAUUUAUCCUUUCAGCAACCAUGGAUUGGUUAAUGGGGAAGUCGAAGACGAAGCCCAAUGGGAAGAAGCCGUCCGUGGAGGAGAAGAAGCCGUACCUGGAGCCCGAGCACACCAAGGUGCGCGUCAUCGACUUCCACCCGAAGGAGCUGGUGGUGUUGCCCCGGGAGAUCGACCUCAACGAAUGGCUGGCCAGCAACACGACGACCUUCUUCAACCUCAUAAACCUGCAGUACAGCACAAUCUCGGAGUUCUGCACCGGGGAGACGUGUCAUGCCAUGACUGCGUGUAAUACGAUAUACUACUGGUAUGAUGAGAGGGGGAAGAAGACCAAGUGCACAGCGCCCCAGUAUGUCGACUUUGUUAUGAGCAUGGUGCAGAAGCUUGUGACAGACGAAGAAAUCUUUCCCACAAAAUAUGGUAAGGAGUUCCCGAACUCGUUUGAGUCUCUGGUGAAGAAAGUGUGCCGGUACCUGUUCCACGUCCUGGCGCACAUCUACUGGGCCCACUUCGGCCAGACGGUGGCCCUGGACCUGCAGGGACACUUGAACACUCUGUACACGCACUUCAUGGUCUUCGUGCGGGAGUUCAACCUGGUGGACCCCAAGGAGACGGCCAUCAUGGACGACCUGUCCGAGGCCCUGAGCGCCCCCCCCUCCCCCACCGCACACAACCACGUGACGGAGAGAUGAGCCGCCGCCCGCCGCCCAGCGUGGAGGGGACGGACUUCAGCCCGGGGCGUGGCCAGGACUCUGAGGCCACGCCCACAACACCGCUACCACCAGGCGCCGCCAGCAGGGGUCAGUCACGCCAGCAGGAAUUGGCGUUAGCUUUUCCCCAGGGCUCAUCCUGCCUGCCUGCCCAGCCUUUUAAGUAGGAAUCAACCAUGUGGUGUUUAUUUUUUUUUUGUUUGUUUGUUUUUGUUUUAUUUUCAUUUUUUUCCUGUUUGAUUUGUUUUGUUUAAAUGUUAUUCUGGUUUUCAGGGGGCCGGGGUUUGUUCACACUCUUUCUGUCUCUCUCCCACUUCACCUACAAACAAUCCAGCAAUGGGACGGUGGCUCCGCCCCCUUUUUAACAUACUAUCAUGUAAUGGUAUUAUAAGGUAUUACUGAAAAAAGAGAAAAGUGUGACAUUUUAAGCGUAGUGUUCCCACCGUCGCCCGGCGGGACGCCCCGCCCUCCCGCGAGGUGUGGUGUUGAUUCCGCUCUUGUUCUCCUGAUUGUUUGGGGAGAGUCCCAGCCCUCCUGAGGGCCCCUCCUGCUCAGGACGAGGGAGGAGCUGUCACCUCUGCAGCAGUGCUGGGAAAAACGCUGUUCUCUUUACGUUAGCAUCGCCCUGCAGUAGCGUAGCCCUGCUCCUAAUGCUCCAGUCUAACAGAUCCUGGCCCCCCUCAUUUAAUAGCCAAGCUACUGCUUUAGACGGGGAGUCAGAGAGCUGAUCGCGUCUCAUUAGGUCCCUCUGUGAGGAUAAGAAGUCCAGCGGUGGACGCAGGACUGGCGGGGUUGCCAGUUCUGUAGGCUGGGGGUCCUGUGUGAUUUUUCUUUCUUCUUCGGUGGUUUCUGACCUCCAGUGCAGCUGGGCCAUGAGGACAAAGACAUUGCCAUUGUCUGCUGAUUGACAGGCCUGUUUUGGCUGUGCUCCAGGUCAGGUGGUGGAGGACGAAACGUGUCCCCAUGCCCCCACCCCCCCCCCACCCCCGCCCAAAACAAGCCUCCCCCAAAACCUCUGCACCCUCCUGGGGUGGUGCUAGUCCAAGCAGACUAGAGGUAGUGCUUAGAAAGGAGGGCUGUGGGGGGCCUCAGGACGACUUCUGAAACAAGGUUGUGUUGGAAUCAGCCCACUGUCCUGUUGUGGCAGAAUGCCCCCCCAUCUUAAGGACAUACCAAUCUUGGUUUGGUUCAUAAUCAUUUUUAAAUGGUUUAAAAGGUUAGGACUUAUUAAAGUAAUGGAAACCCUGGAAUUAUAUGCAGACUUAACAAGCUAUGUAAUUAAGCUAACCACAUUGAGAGAGUAAAGUUGACAUUUGACAGUAGAUUUUGUCGAGAUAGGAGAUUGUAUUGGGAUUGGGGUUUCUGUCGGGAUAAGGGGGUUAUAUCGGGAUAGCCUCCAUUGUGGAGGGUGGAUUUCUUUUCCCAUUAUUUAUUUUUGUUUGACAUUUGCAGGGUUCUUCAUUUCUCGCUUUCAUUUUUAUGUAUUUUAAUUAUCUAAGUUAAAAGCAAUUAAAUAUUUUAAGCUCUGCAAAUUAUAACCUAAUAAAAGAAAAAUGGCACUUCAA